ACCGCCACCUUCAACUCAGCAUCCGCUCAUCACUUUUUUCAAUGUAGGUGCUGGUGAAUCUGGAAAGUCAACUAUCCUCAAGCAGAUGAAAUUGAUUCAUGACGGCGGCUACUCACAGGAUGAACGCGAAAGCUUCAGAGAAAUCAUCUACAGUAACACUACACAAUCGAUGCGAGUUAUCUUAGAAGCAAUGGAAACCAUGGGCAUCAAUUUCCAGAACCCAAAUAACAGUAUGCAUGCCACUAUUAUUCUUGAGCAGCCACCUCAGAUUGAAUCCGAUAUCAUGCCACAAGACGUUGGUAAUGCCGUCAAGGCGCUUUGGCAAGAUAACGGUGUCAGACAGGCGUUCAACAGAAGCAACGAAUAUCAGCUCAAUGAUUCUGCUCAAUACUACUUUGAUUCCAUAGACCGCAUUAGCGACUCACGUUAUACUCCCAGCGAUCAGGAUGUCCUUCGAUCUCGCGUCAAGACUACGGGUAUUACCGAAACCACCUUUAUUAUUGGUGAUCUUACCUAUCGCAUGUUCGAUGUCGGUGGUCAACGUUCCGAACGAAAGAAGUGGAUUCACUGUUUUGAAAACGUUACUGCGAUUAUCUUCUUGGUGGCCAUUUCUGAAUACGAUCAAGUUCUAAUUGAAGAUGAAACUGUGAAUCGUAUGCAAGAAGCUUUGACCUUGUUCGAUUCUAUCUGCAACUCACGUUGGUUUGUCAAAACCUCUAUCAUCCUCUUCUUGAACAAGAUUGAUCGGUUUGCCGAAAAGUUACCCAUCAGUCCAUUGGCUGACUACUUCCCGGAUUACAGAGGUGGUGAAAACUAUGAUGCUGCGUGCGACUAUAUUCUCAACCGAUUUGUGUCACUUAACCAGUCUGAUGACAAGCAAAUCUAUACUCAUUUUACCUGUGCUACCGAUACACAGCAAGUGAAGUUUGUUAUGGCAGCCGUGAACGACAUUAUUAUCCAGAACAAUCUUCGAGAUGUUGGUUUGUUGUAGGAAAGCAUGACA